AUGAAGAUGUCGCUGCAGCGUCUUUACUAUGGCGGCCAACCGCAGGCCAGCACCUCGAACAAGACCUUCGAGACGGUCAACCCAGCGACUGAAGAAGUGCUGGCAGAGGUGAGCGUCGCCUCGAACGAAGAUGUCGACCAGGCCGUCAAGGCAGCGCAGACGGCGUUUCCAUCAUGGUCGAAGACGCCUCCUGUCGCCCGCGCGCGCAUCCUGUUGAAGGCGGUUCAGCUGCUGCGAGAGAGGAACGACGAGAUUGCCAGAGUCGAGACGGCAGACACGGGCAAGCCUUUCUCAGAGACGAGUACGGUCGAUGUCACUACGGGAGCAGACGUGCUGGAGUACUUUGCCGGCAUGGUCGCCGGUGGCGGACUCAACGGCGAGACGGUGCAGCUACGAGACGAUGCCUGGGUCUACACGAAGAAAGCUCCGUUGGGAGUGUGUGCUGGCAUCGGUGCCUGGAACUAUCCCAUCCAGAUUGCGCUGUGGAAGUCAGCUCCGUGUCUGGCGGCUGGCAACACGAUGGUGUACAAGCCUAGCGAGUUCACUCCGCUGCACGGCGAGAUUCUGGCAGACCUGUACACCAGAGCUGGUCUCCCGGCCGGCGUGUUCAAUGUCGUUCAUGGCGCCGGAGACGUAGGCGCCUAUCUCACCGCACACCCGGCGAUCGCAAAGGUCUCGUUCACCGGCCAGGUCGCAACCGGUAAGAAGGUCGCUGGCUCUGCGGCCGGAAACAUGAAAUACGUGACCAUGGAGCUGGGAGGCAAGAGUCCCUUUAUUGUCCUGCCAGAUGCAGAACUAGACGGCGCCGUCGACGGCGCCAUCCUGGCCAACUUCUUCAGCACCGGCCAGGUCUGCACCAACGGGACUCGAGUCUUCGUUCCGUCGAGCAUGAAGUCCGAUUUCGAAAGCCUGCUGGUGAAGAAGAUGCAGUACAUUCGGGCCGGCGACGUGAUGGAUCCAACGACCAACUUCGGCCCGCUCGUGUCUGCGGUCCAUUACAAAAAGGUGACAGACUACAUCAGACAUGGAAUCGAACAGGAUAAAGCCAAGCUGCUGUACGGCGGCCUCGAGAAGCCGCGGUCUAUUUCCUCUACCUCCUUCGACAAGGGAUACUGGAUCACACCCACCAUCUUUACCGACUGUAGGGACGAGAUGAAGAUAGUGCAGGAAGAGAUCUUCGGGCCGGUAAUGUCGAUUCUGUACUACGAGACCGUCGACGAGGUGGUCAGACGGGCCAACGAGACUCCCCUCGGCCUAGCGGCUGGUGUCUUUACGCAGAACAUCAACCUUGCCCAUCGAGUCAUCGACCAGCUCGAUGCCGGGAUCACCUGGAUCAACUCGUGGGGAGAGUCGCCGGCAGAGAUGAGCGUUGGCGGAUGGAAGCAGAGCGGCGUUGGCGUUGAGAACGGCCGGCGAGGGAUCGAGGCUUGGGUCAGGACGAAGAGCACCCUGGUCGACAUGAGCGGUGUGGUAGCGACCAGCUUUACCAAGUUGUAG